AUUCAAACCUCCCAACUUCUCCUACGUCUCUGUUUCUUCUUCUUUUAUCAAACCUCAUCAUCUUCAUCAUCUUCAUCAUCCCAAGCCCAAGCCCCAAGCUCCAAGCUCCAAGCUCCAAGCAACAAUGGCUUCCGGCCGUCCUCUCCUCAUCCAAUCUCCCAAAACCCCAACUUCUCCAGAACCCCCACCUCCUCCUCUCCCUCUAAUCCCUUCCAAAUCCCAAAACACCUCCAUCUCCAAACACCCUUCCUCUUCCUCUCCUCGCCAUCCUCCUCCUCCUCCUCCUCGCUUCCCUUCUCGCCGCUCCGACUCCAUCACCACCUCCCAACGCGACAUCCCUGACUCGGAAGCUCGCUUCGUCUACAUCAACGAUCCAACUCGUUCCAACUCCCCAACUCGUCUUCCAACCAACUCCAUCUCCACCACCAAAUACUCUCUCCUCACCUUCCUCCCUCGCAACCUCUUCGAGCAAUUCCACCGUCUCGCCUACAUCUACUUCCUCGUCCUCGCCGCCAUGAAUCAAGUCCCCCAACUCGGCGUCUUCGGCCGUGAAACUUCCAUCCUCCCUCUCGCCUUUGUCCUCUCCGUCACCGCCAUCAAAGACGCCUACGAAGAUUUCCGCCGUCACCGCUCCGACCAAUUUGAAAACCACCGCACUUGCUCCGUCCUCUCCUCUGACUCCCAAUUCCUCCCCACUCGCUGGAAAGACAUCCGCGUCGGCCAACUCAUCAAGCUUCAUUCCAACGAUCCCAUCCCUUGUGACAUGCUCCUCCUCUCCACCAGCGACCCUACCGGCGUCGCCUACAUCCAAACCGUCAACCUCGACGGCGAAUCCAAUCUCAAAACUCGUUACGCCAAGCAAGAAACCCUCAAAUCCCACUCCUCCUCCUCCACCACCACCACCUUCCCCACCUCCGGCCUUGUCCGUUGCGAGAAACCUAAUCGGAACAUCUAUGGCUUCCAUGCCAACAUGGACAUCGACGGCAAACGCGUCUCUCUCGGCCCUUCCAACAUCGUUCUCCGCGGUUGUGAGCUCAAGAACACUUCUUGGGCCAUUGGUGUCGCCGUCUACACCGGCCGUGAAACCAAAGUCAUGCUUAACAGCUCCGGCGCACCAUCCAAACGUAGCCGUCUUGAAGCUCACAUGAACCGUGAGACUAUCUUACUCGCCGUGCUUCUCUUUCUUGUCUGCUCCAUUGUCACCGUUCUCGCCGGCGUUUGGCUUCACGUCCAUCGUGCCGAGCUUGAUUACAUGCCUUUUUAUAGAAAAGGAGACUAUUCCGACAAAGAAGUGGGGAAGUAUAACUACUAUGGGAUUGGUUGGGAGGUUGUCUUCACUUUUCUAAAGUCCGUCAUUGUUUUCCAAGUUAUGAUUCCCAUUGCUCUUUAUGUUUCUAUGGAGCUUGUUAGACUUGGCCAAGCUUUCUUCAUGAUCCAAGAUGACUCUAUGCGCCAUGAAAAAAAGAGGUUCCAAUGCCGAGCUUUGAAUAUUAACGAGGAUUUAGGCAUGAUCAAGUAUGUCUUCUCUGAUAAAACCGGCACUUUGACAGAGAACAAGAUGGAAUUUCGUUGUGCCAGCGUUCUCGGCACUGAUUAUAGCAACACCCUCACCACCCAAGAAGAAGAAGAAGAUGAUGUAGAAGAAAACAACAAUGGCUAUACACUCACAGAGGAUGGGCAAAUAUUGAAGCCGAAAAUGAGGGUGAAGAUUGAUGAAGAGUUGGUGCAAUUAUUGAGGAGUGGUAAAUAAGAGUGAGAAAGAAGAAAAGAGCUUGUGAUUUUGUUCUUGGUUUGGCUGCAUGUAACACUAUUGUGCCAUUGGUGGUGGAGACUGAGGAUCCAAGAGUGAAAUUGAUAGAUUACCAGGGAGAGUCACCGGACGAGCAAGCUUUGGCUUAUGCUGCUGCGGCGUAUGGUUUUGUUCUUGUUGAGAGGACUUCCGGCCACAUUGUCAUUGAUGUUCUUGGCCAAAGACAAA